AUUUUAAUAAUUUUGUUUUGCAGUAGCUAUCUGCUGAAAUUAAAUGAAGCUCUUAAAGUCCACUGGAAUUCAGCAUGGGGAAAUGUAAAGUCAUCUUAAUUUUUUGUGCUGUGGUGUCGCUGUGCAGCGCUGCAGACAGAGAAUACUUCCCGGUAACGACAUCGCUCCCCUGGGAUGAAGCCAGGGAACACUGCCAGGAAUGUUACACAGAUCUGGUGACUCUGACUCCAGAAAACAUGCAGUUUGUCCAGAAGCUCGCCCAGAACCUCUCGUCUGACUGCUGGGUCGGCCUCCGCAAGAACUUCACCACCAACAGCACCAGCAUGCUCUGGUCCCGCUGGGCCAACGGGGAGCCGCUCCUCUUCCAGAACUGGUACCCUGGUUGGCCCGUCUUCCAAUCCACAGUCCCGGCCUGCUGCAGCGCCCCGGCAACGGUAGCCCCGGCAACGACCAUGGCCGAAAUCACAACCCAAAACGUGACGAGCUUUAGUGAUAAUUCAACCGAAAACGUGACGAGCUUUAGUGAUAAUUCAACCGAAGGCCUGACAACGCCACUGAUAACAACACCAGUGAUGACAACGUCAUUGAUGACAACACCAGAAGAAGAAGAGGGUGACAGGAAGUUCAUUGAAGACUCCUGUGUGGCCAUGCUCAGCUUCGGGGCCUGGGUAGAGAAGAACUGCAUGGAGUCUCUGCCCUCCAUCUGUUAUGAAGGAUUUAUUUGUGUAUAUUAUUUGUGUAUUUUUUUUUACCUUCCUGGACAUCUUGCUCUCAUUCAAACCACAGAUCGUUUCCGCGGCGGGGCCAACGUGACCAAUAAGACCUCGGACAGCGCCACCAUCACAUGGCAGCAGCCUGAACACAGGAACAUCAGCCACUACCGCGUGGAGGUCAAGACCGGCGAAGAAAUGAGAAGUUUCGAGGCUCAUGAUACGACCUAUGACCUCAAAAACCUGACAGGAGGAACCAACCACUCGGUCCAGGUGUUCCCCGUCAAGUGUGGGAGGAGCAUCUUCCCGCAAAAGGUCAACUUCUACACCAUACCAAACAAAGUGGAAAACCUGAACGUCUCCAUGGAGACAGAAAACUCCGUCUUUCUUAGCUGGAACAGACCAGCUGGAAGUGUGGAUUGCUAUUUUAUCGAGUACCAAAGCGGUUCCAGUCUCACAGAGAGCGAAAGAGAGAGAAAAAUCGACGGUUUGACACCCGGAAACUUUUACAGAUUCACCGUCAUCUCAGGCGUCAAGGACGGUUCAAGAAGUGAAAGAGUCAGCGUCACAACAUACACCAAGCCUGGGAAAGUGUCCGACCUGCAGGUUUCUGACAACACCGACAACUCACUGCGUCUCAGCUGGGAGCGACCCGAGGGAAACGUCACCGAGUUCUUGGUGAAAGCUGAGGACGCUGAUGAUCGCUCCAACAUCGAUGAGGUGGUGGUGAACGGGAUGCUAAAUGAAGUGGAGCUAACAGGGCUGCCGAGUGGCUCCAGAAUAGUCCUCAGUGUGAGAGUGCAGGUCAGCGGCUCUGGGCUGCUGGGAGACGAAGUGACCAUCACCAACUACACUGCUCCUGGACCAGUUUCCGGCCUGGUUUUAGAAACCACAGAAGACUCCCUUACUGCACGAUGGAAGCGACCUGCAGGUGAUUCUACAACUUUCAACGUGGAGCUCCAGCGUGACGGCAAAACUGAACGCCAAGCACAGGGCCUAAACGAGCCGACGAAGCAGUUUAAAGAACUGAAGACUGCAGCCAAUUACACAGUCUUCGUCAAAUCCUUCAGCGGACAUCUUGAAGGCCCACCAGUGCACGGGUCCGAGUUCACCAAGCCAAGUCGGCCCACAAACGCUGUCUCGACCAGUCCUAAUAAAACCAGUAUCACCUUCCAGUGGAAGGCCCCGAACAACACAGCAGCAGCCACCUACUUUCUCAGAUUAAACUCCAGUUUCUGGGGCGACAACCGGACUCGUCAUGGGAUUAACAAAACCAGCUACACGUUCACAGGUUUGACUUCGGGGACCAAGUACGACUUUGAAGUGCGAACGGAGGCGGAUGGACAACAUAGUCAACCAGCAACGGUUUCAGGUUGCACAGUUGCAGAUGAAAGGGAAAUCAGCCUGUCCAUGCUGUGCUCCUCUGCUGAGCCUCUCCUCUGUGAUCAAGAAGACACCAGGGAAAAAGUCUUUAAGCAGCUGGAAGCACAUUUUGAGAAGACAUUUGGGGACUCUAUUGUGUGGAACCUCAAGAAGCAAAUUGAAAACCAAGAAACACAGUAAACAUAAUACAUUUUAAUUAAUUGUUUUUAAUCUGCAUUGGUGAAGGUAUUUUAGACAUUUUAGAAAGCUUUUUCUGUCUUUCGUUUACUGUUUUGCUCUUUACUGCUGCUCAGGAAAUCAAAUAUUAAGCCACAGUGUGUCGUAUUUAGCUGUUUUGUUUUCAAUGUAAAUCUUGUUAAAUGGCGACUACACUCUCUGUCUUUUAUAUUAAGAAUUUUAAAUAUAUUUAGCACCUUCCCACUUGUUUUUAUUUCUUUUAUAUCAUUUAUUUCUGGAUGUUGCUUUGUGUGGAAGGCACAUUUUCACAAAUCUUUUUUUUAAAGAACAGUCAUAGUCUUAUCAUAAUCUAAAAAAUAGUAAGUUAAAAAGUGAUGAAUAAAAAAGGUUCCAUACUCAAAAUGAGUAUAAGCGUUUCUAUUUUUAUCCUGUUGAACUUUUUGUAUUUUUCCCCCUUUGAAAGAAAUAGGAUUCCAAUUAUGUAUUUGAGUAAAUAAAUAAAAUGGGUAAUAUCUUGAGUGAAAAUUAAACUUGUAUGUCAUGUUCCAACGCUCAAUAAAGUUUUCCAGCUGACUUCACAUCUCAG